AUGCCAAAUUUACUGUAUUUAGUAUUUAAUUUAUCCUCAAUUUUUCAAAUAAACCUAUUUCCAUACCAAAAAUUAAAAAUAAUGGAAAAAAGCGAAAAUCAGUCUAAUGAAGACCCUUUCAAUGAAGAACACAAAAACGAAAACCUCCAAAACCCUUCGCCUCAGCCUCAAAAAUUUUUAACUAUUUCUGUAUCUUUUAUUCAGAUAGUUCGGACUUCCGUAGAACAAUCAAUUCCUCAAGUUUUCACAGUUAAUGCAACAGGUGUUAUCAAUUCUCAAAGAACUCCACAAGAUCGCACUAUCAGGAUUGGCCGUCAACAAGUGACAGAAGAUGGAAAAAGGCCUAACGACAUCACUCUCCCUGCAAGUGACCGUGCAAUUAGCCGUUCCCAUUGUAUGAUAGAUUGUAAUGAUUUUUUUAAUAAAGAGAUCCCGGAUACUUGGAUUGCGUUUCUUAUGGGCUAUCAUCCUCGGUUGGGUAAAAAAUCCAUAUAAAUAAACAAUUUUUUUAUAUUAAAAAUAAUAUUUAAUAAAAUUAAGAAUACUGCAAUUUCUCCCUCAAGAUCUGUUUCGCUGCAUUCUUCUGUUUUUAAAAGAGCCGAAAUCUCCUUUUUUAAUUGAUCUAGGCAGCAUGUGUGGAACUUAUAUCCGUGUUUCCAAUGUAGAUCCUAUCGAACUUGAAGUAGGGCAAAAUUUUUUGAUUGGAAGCGAUAUAAUUAUAGAGAUCGAUAGAGUUGUAUGCGAUCCUGUCCCACUUACAGUUAAUUCUGAACAAACCUUAGAAGAGUACCAAAAUAUUGCUUAAAAACAAUAAUUCGUGAUAAAAUCCUGUAUAAUAAAUAUUAUUUAAUUUUUUAUAAAAAAGUAUACAUUUACUGAGUCUGAUUUAGCUAUUGAUGAUAUUGGGCCUUAUAUUGCUAUCAAAGUAAGCAGAAACCCAAACGAUAAUGAAGAAACUAUGAGUCCUUCUACAUGGAAAUUCGCAGCUGAAGAAAAAUACAAAGUUUUCACAAUAGGGAGAUCACAGAUUUGUGAUAUUCAGCUUCCAGAAAACACGAUUUCUAGAACUCAAUGCAGGGUUGUUUAUGAUGAAGGAAAGUGGCUGCUCUAUGAUGGGCUUGACAGUAAAGCUACAGUAAAUGGCACAUGGUUUUCAGUUUUCAGAAAAAAUAGAAGUGGAAGAGAGCAUUCAGCGCCUUGCAAGCUAAAAAGUGGAAGCCAAAUUAAAGUUUCUGACACUAUACUUCAGAUCGAUUGGGAAGCUGAUAAAUAA